AUGAGGUCUCUUCUUCCCGAUCCAGCCAUCCAUCUCAUCUCAAUUGAUGGCUCAAAUCUUAUACAUCUCCAACCGUUCAUCAGACAUAACUACAGCGCAUGCCUAAUGGUCUCUGAAUCGGAGUUCCAAGAAGGAUACAAGGUACCCGCUCCUUACCAUUACAAAUCACCCCCUCCUCCAUCUCCAGUGCCUGCUCCUUACCAUUACAAAUCGCCACCUCCACCAGCUCCAGUACCAGAUCCUUACCAUUACAAAUCACCACCUCCACCACCUCCUACUCCGGUCUACAAGCCCGCUCCUCAUCCGGUCUACAAGUACAAGUCACCACCACCUCCCACUCCCAUUUAUAAGCCAGCUCCAAUUCACAAACCCACUCCCAUCCACAAACCUUCCCCAGUUUACCUAUACACAUCACCUCCUCCUCCUUACCACUAG